AUUCAGUUUCUGUGAUGAAAAUUGAAAAAAAAAUCAGUUUUUUUGUAAAUCUAAUUCCAACCCAUUUUUCUUAAGCACUUAAUUGUUAAUGGGUUUGUUCAAAUUUUUAAUUUUGAUGUCAAUUGAAUAUAGAAUUUAGGCUUGCUCCAAUUCUCAAUGGCCACUUUGAGUUUUUUUUUUUUUUUUGAAUUGUUUGAAUCUUUUAUUAAUUUGUGGCAGAAAUUGAUUCUGUGGUUUCUAUCAGAAUAAUUGGAUCGAAUCUAGAAUAUAAAUUUGAGCAUAUAAUAUUGAAUAUAGUAUGUGGUUUAUGUUCCUUUGAUUUUAUCAAUUGUAUCAAUUCUAGUUUUUAAGUCAAUGAUUUUGCUUUAUUAACAAGUUCCACAAAAAAAUAGAAGUCCUCUUUUGUUUUGCAUUUUUUUUCUUAUUUUGUAACAUCACAGAAGUUCUAUGGUUGUUUCCUAGCCUUGAAGUUCUUAGCAAGUUGCUUUUCACCCUAUGAGCUUUAAUUGAACCAUCAAGGAAAGAACUCAUAACAGCACAAGAUGAAGAUGCCUCGCCACAAACCGCGGAGGAUUUAAAAUCUCUCGCAGCAUGUUCACCCAUGCUUGAAGAUCCUCCUAAGACUCCCUCAGCCGAAACGGAGAAUUCAUUACCGAAAGCUUCUACAAACGGAGAACAAAGUGAGACUAGUGUUUCUGAAGAUAAAACCCUGAAGAAACCCGACAAAAUAAUUCCAUGUCCGCGAUGCAAUAGCAUGGACACCAAGUUCUGUUAUUUCAACAAUUACAAUGUCAACCAGCCCCGUCAUUUUUGCAAGAAAUGUCAAAGAUACUGGACUGCAGGAGGUACAAUGAGAAACGUUCCUGUUGGUGCAGGGCGCCGCAAGAACAAGACCUCACCUACCGCGCAUUAUAGACACUUGAUGAUUCCUGAAGGAGUUAAGCUUAAUUCACCUAAUGGAUUACAUGGUUCUGUCUUGGCAUUCGAUUCAGAUUCGCCUCUUUGUAAUACCAUGACUUCUGUGUUGAAAAUUGGCGAGAGGGCACCAAAUUGUGUACCAAAUGGUUUUCAUCACGCAACUGGACCUAAUACUUUUGUUUCCUAUAGCGGAGAAGAUGAUCACUCGGUUGGAGUUUCGGUUACAACUUCAACUUCAUCCGAGAGGAAAAGUCACACUGACACAAAUGGAUCGAUGGAGAAAAGAGUUGAAGGUUUCCCUCCUCAAUUGCAAUAUAUUCCAAGUCCCCUUUUGCCUUAUCCUUGGAACUCUGCAAUGCCUCCUCCUACAUUUUGUCCACCAAACUAUCCAUUAGCAUUCUAUCCUCCACCGGCGUAUUGGGGUUGUGUGCCACCUCCAUGGAGCAUACCAUGUAUCUCACCAAAUAGUCCUUCUGUUAACCAAAGUGACUCUCCCCAAUAUUCACCUACUUUGGGAAAACACUCGAGGGACGGAAACAUCAUUACCUCGGUAAACUCACCUAACGAAAAGUCUGAUAAAGAACACAACAGUACCGAAAGCAGCGUUUUGAUCCCAAAAACACUAAGAUUCGAUGAUCCAAACGAAGCCGCAAAGAGUUCCUUAUGGUCAAAGCUCGGGAUCAGUAACGACAAAACCAACUCUCUCAAUGGAGGAAGCAUGUUCAAUGCAUUUCAAUCCAAGGGAAAAGACAACAAUCACUCGGCUGAAGCGUCGCCGCUGAUGUACGCCAACCCUGCAGCUUUAUCGCGGUCUCGUACCUUCCACGAGGGAACCUAAUUGGCAAUUGCAUUGAAAUACAUCAGAUUUUCACUGUUAUGAGAAUUGCAGUUAAUAUCAGUGCAACCUCAUUCUGCUGACAAGUUCUUGAUCUUUAUUAUUCUCAAAAGGAAGUGUAGUUUACCAACCUCAAUGCAAGAUUCUUAGGACAAAAGUGUUGUACUUUAGCAGUUUAGCCUCAGUAGCUGCUAUCUUGAGCCUGUGUAACUGAACAGGUGUUUCUUCUGCAGAUUUAGAUAAGGUGUUGAGAAAAUAUCUUCAUGUACAUAUAUAUCUAUCUAUAUAUAUAUGAGAGACAAGGAAAACAAGUUGAAAAGAGAAAAGAAAGGAGAUUCUUAGGCUAAAAUCCAAUUGUUUAGAAUAAAUUUGUUAAGCCUUCAUUGGAAGCCUAUUGUUUUGUUGCCUCUUUUUGGGAGAUUCUCUACUACAAUAAUGUUAGUCUCAAAUGGAUUAUGUUAUUUAUGUGAUUUUUUUUCAGUUUC